AUGUUCUAUUCUAUUUUAAUGGGGUACUCGGGACUUAAAUUACUCGGUUACACGGGAAAACAGCAAGAUAUCCUGAUUCUCAUGUGCAAUUGUGUAAAUGAAUGUGUAUCACGAAGAGACAUUGGAGACAACGCUUUGAGUUCUCUUUUAGUCUGUUUCCACAUCAUUCUAACUUCUUUUCCCCCUAGAACACCGACAGCAGUCUUGGAUGCAGGUGUCGGACCGGGUUCCGUUGCCCAUAAUCCCAAUCCAGCCCCAUCAGAUCCAAUAACCAGUAACAAAUCAGCAAAUUCGUCUUCGCGCACCGGCCCCACAACUCCAGCAUCUUCCACCUGUGACUCAACUACUUCCGGUUCACAUGCACCUCCAACUCGGCCCAAACUCAUUCGUUUUGGCACGAAUUGUGACCUUUCGGAUGAGAAAAAAUGGCUGCCACAACUGCAUGAGUUGACAAAACUUCCCACGUUUGUACGCGUAGUCAGUGCGUUCAAUAUGCUCAGUCAUGUGGGCUACCCAUUAUUGGGAAUGAAUACAGUUCAGCUAUAUUUGAAAGUACCCGGCUGCCGUACCCCUGGGCAUCAGGAGAAUAAUUGUUUCUGCGCUGUGAAUAUUAAUAUUGGCCCCGGUGACUGUGAAUGGUUUUCUGUACCGGAACAAUAUUGGGGCGCCAUACACGACCUGUGCGAACGAAACAAUGUACGUUUUGAACUACCUUACCAACCGAUUUCCAGUUCGGUGUUUAUAAUAAGUUUUCUGUUGCGUCAAAGAUUUAUUAUUGCCGAAUUGUGUUGUUCGCAGCGUAGUUCAAACAGAGACAUAGAGACACAGCGGUACAGAAAAACAGUUGGCAGGUUUUUGGUUUAUUUCAUUAACGCAAGAAUUCAAAUUGCCGUCGAUUUCGCUUGCUUGGUUUGA